AUGGCAGACGCGACUAAUGGAACACGGACGCGGCUGGUGCUGGAGCAGCUACUGCCGCCGGGGCUGGUGGCGGGGAUCGCAGAGGGGCGGCCAGAGGCGGUGCUGCGCAUGCUGGCCCAGGACAUGGAGACCCCAGAGUCGCUGUGCGACCGCCAGAUGGUGUCACAGGCCGCCGCAGAGGCCGCCGCCCUCGCCGCCACCGCCCGCAUGCAGCACGCGGCCGGCAGGCCCGAUUGGGCGCCGCCGCCUGGCUACCGGCUGCGGUAUGGCCGCCUCGACGCGGCCGAGGCAGCGGCGGGGUCGGCGCUGCUGCUGUCUGCAGCGGCGUUUGCGCUGCUGCGGGGCCACGGGCUGCUGUGUGACCACCUGGCUCAGCUGGGCUACAACAGCAGGCUCCUAGGUUUGCUUGCGCACCGCGCCCCAUCGGCAGCGGUGGCCACCACGCCAGGCAUUCAGAAGCAGCUGCAGGCGGCGGAGGCAGCGCCUGGCGAGCUGGGCGGUAGCCCGCUGCGCCUGCUGCACCAGCUCGCGUCGAGCGCAGGGCCGUCUGAGGCGCUCUCAACCGCCACGGCAACGCCCUGCGUGCCGAAACGGAUGGCGGUGAUGACGCUGAAGCGCGCGCUCGCGCCCGGCAACCGGCAUCGCGACAUGUUGGUUGCACAGGCGCUGCAGGCGCAGCUUCCGGCGCGGCUGCUGCAGCUGCUGGACUGGAGGAACGGGAGCGGGAGCGGGCCUGCCCCCACGCUGCAGCAGUGGGAGGUGGAGCCCCCCCGUAUGAGCGAGCAGGGCAGCCAACGCCCGAAGACGCAGCAGCAGCAGCAGCAGCAGCAGCAGCAGCAGCAGCAGCAGCAGCAGCAGCAGCAGCCGGCGGGAGAGGCGCAGGAGGCGACGGUGCAGCGCGCAUUGAUGAUGGAUGUCCUGCGGCUGCUGUCGGAGCAGGAGGGCGCCUAUUCAGCGCAGGCGGCCGCGCUGCUGGCCCGCAGCGAGGUGUGGGGGGCGUGCCGUGGGCAGCGACACGACGUGUCCCUGCUUAGCGGGGCCACGGACGACGGCGGCGUGGCAGGGCUGCUGAUGGCAGGAGAGGCCGCGCGAUUUGCGCUGCCAGCGGCGGAGGCGCUCGCGCCGGCAGGCAGGGACCGUGCGGGUUGA